AAUAUCCAGUAUUAGUAGACAGGUUUCCCACUUGGAAGGCAAAAUGGCAAACAUAACAAAAGAAUUGGGUGACGGAAAGUAUACAUUCCAUGUUUACAAUUUUGCUAGCGAUGAAAAUGGCAGUUUGAAACUACUGGAUACAGUAAUACAGAAGGGGGAAAAAUGCUUUAAAUGUGAUAUUUGUAAUUCUACUUUUUCUAAAAAGUGUUAUUUUAAGAUGCAUAUGUCAAUGCAUACGGGAGAGAAGCACUCAAACUUUGGUGUGAGUUCAUUUGCAAGUAAUCACCACAAGGCUCGGAAAAGUCAUAUGGGUACCCAUACAAAAGAGAAACGUGUUACAUGUGAUAUCUGUAGUUUAAGUAUUUACAGUCGUAAUCUCAAAAGCCAUAUGACAAUCCAUACUGGAGAGAAACAAUUUAAAUGUGGUAUUUGCAGUUACGCAAGUAAUGACAACAGGUCUCUGAAAUGUCAUAUGGCAAUACAUGCAGGGGUGAAUUUGUUCAAAUGUGAUAUUUGUAGUUUCGCAUGUAAUAGAAGAGAAAGUUUUAAAACGCACAUGACAAUACAUACAGGAGAGAAACCAUUUAAUUGUAAUCUUUGUAGUUACGGGAGUACUCAAAAAAGUGAUUUAAAAAGGCAUAUAAGAACACAUACAGGAGAAAAACCCUUUAAAUGUGAUGUCUGCAGUUACGCAAGUAACCAUAAUAGCCAUCUGAUCAGGCAUAAGAAAAUACAUACAGGUGUAAAACACUUCAAAUGUGGCAUUUGUAGUUAUGAAUUUCGUGAAGCAUUUUCUUUGAAAAAACAUAUGAAAAUACAUACUGGAGAGGAUUGUUAUAAAAGUGAUGAAAGUAAUAAUAGCAGCAUAGAAAGCCACAAGAGAAUACAUACAAAUGAGAAACGUUUCCUGUGUCAUAUUUGUGGUCACCAAAGUAGAACAGGAAACCAUUUGCAAGCACACAUUAGAACUCAUACAGGAGAGAAGUGCUUUAAAUGUGAUCUUUGCAGUUAUGCAGGUAAUCAAAGCGAUCAUCUGAGAAGUCAUAUGCGAAUACAUACAGGAGAGAAGCGCUUUAAAUGUGAUACUUGUAGCUAUUCAUGUAAUUGCAAAAGAGAUCUGAAAAGACAUAUCAGAAAACAUAUAUGAGAAAUGUUUCCUGUAUCGUUAUAUGAAGUCACUAAAGUGGUGAAAAAAACAGAUUUGAAUUUUGAAUGCAGCCAUGCAGAAGAGAAAAACUUUUUAGAUGUGAUAGUUAGUUAUGUAAGUAAUUGCAAUGGAGAUCUGAAAAGACAUAUCAGAAAAUAUUUUGUGAGUUUUGAAUGACUUCAUAGAACAUGAGAAAAUAAUAACAGUUUUACCAGAGAUGUUUUUACUAGUCUAAUUGUGGCAGUUUGAAGACAUUUGUUGAAAUAUAUGAAAACCUUCGAAGUGACAUUCAAACAAAAACAUAAUUGUACAUAUUUGAUUUAAACACCAAAAAUAAAAAAAGGAAAAAAAAACCACUGUAAAACCAAAUUGAUUUGUAUGAAAUCUCUAAAUUUAUCAAUGUGCAGCUAGGCUGAAAUAGGGAUUUUAAAAAAUCAUUCUUGAGAAAACCCGCCCGCUUAGCUCAGUAGGUAGAGCAUCGGUCUACGGAUUGCGGGGUUGUGAGUUCGAUCCUCGGGCGGGGCGUAUGUUCUCCGUGACUAUUUGAUAAACGACAUUGUGUCUGCAAUCAUUAGUCCUCCACCUCUGAUAAUUCAUGUGGGGAAGUUGGCAGUUACUUGCGGAGAACAGGUUUGUACUGGUACAGAAUUCAGGAACACUGGUUAGGUUAACUGCCCGCCGUUACAUGACUGAAAUACUGUUGAAAAACGGCGUUAAACCCAACACAAACAAAACAAACAUUCUUGAGAAUACCACAUGGAAAGUAACCUUAAAUUUAGAUCUGUUUUGAAUGAUGAAGAGUAUAUUAAGAAAGUUAUCUAAAGGGAGGAAAAUACAAAAAUGUACACAAAAAAUACAAAAACACUAAAGAUGGAUUUAAAACUGUCACUGCACAUAAAAAAUUGUCACAGCAGUUAAUUUUAAAAUGGAUUUAUUAAUGUGUACAGAUGACAGCUGCCUGAAAUGCGAUACUUCUGCUUUAAGGAAAUUUCAAGAUAUAUGUGAUUAGGAUUAUUUCUGACAAAUAUAACUCAUGAUGGCAGUAUGAGUGUUCUUAUAGAAAUUUAUUCUGCACUUCAAACUUGAAAGAAUGUAAGAUUCAUGAAACAUGUGAGAAUCUUGGGAAAUAUUGAAAGAAAAAUAUUUGUUGGAUUCUCUGAAAGUAGGGUUGCGAUAAAAGUUUAGUGCAAGUACAUGUAAAGAAAUGUAAUAUUGAUAAAAUAUCAAUGAAUUAAGAGCCAUAAGUGGU